AUGCCAGCUUCGAACCGUGAAGAAGAGGACCGCGCAAGACUUGACGGCUUCGAGAUCGAGAUUUUCGAACUCGUCCAGAGGGAGGCGACCGCGGAGCAGUGGAAGGAGUGGCUUCGAGCACCUCUGGAGCAUGCCGCGGCCGAGGGGAACUUGGAUCUCUUCACACGGCUGAUGGACGCUGGUGCCAACGGGAAAGCAGGCUGGGCGCUUAUGAUCGCUGGAGCAGACCCGAAUCUACGUGAUGGGAGGAAGCGCAGCCCGCUCCACCUCGCCGCCGAAGCUGGGCAUCACCGAGUGAUAGGUAGCCUUCUUCUGAAUAAGGCCGAUGUAGACGCCACGACGGCUUCCCGGCAGACUCCUCUCCACCUGGCUGAUUCCGAGGGCCAUACGCUGUGCGUCUGUGAGCUUUUGUUGGGCGGUGCAGACAAGGACAUGGUCGAUGGUUGCGGUGAAACGGCACUGUGCAAGGCGGCAGAAAACAACCACGUCGAGGCUGUCGAAAAGCUUCUAGCUGCCGGUGCCAACCACCGUGUCCAUCCCGGCAACGACUUUUCUCCAUGCACAAAUGCUGCAAGAAGAGGUCACGCGGACGUGUUACAGGCCUUGCUCGACAAAGACAGUAGUGAACUCGACGCCACCAAUGAUUUCGGACGGGCAGCUCUACACUAUGCUGCAUCUUUUGACGGACCUGUCGGUAACAACGGCGAUGCUAUCCUUGUAUUGUUGGGAGCUGGGGCUGAUGUGAACGUGAAGGCCACCACUGCUGUCUGCUGCUUUACGCCACUCCAUGUUGCCGUUAGUCAUUGGAAAGCAUCGAACGGCACGAUUUGCGCCCUGUUGGAGGGAGGGGGCCAUGUCAAUGCGCGCACUCAACACAACAAUACGCCACUGCACACAGCUUACGAGUGUGCGAGUGUUAGUGUCGUGGAGCUUCUUCUGCGUUGGGGAGCAGAUGAGAAGCUCGCGAACAACGAUGGAGACACGCCCGCAGACGUGGUAGGAGUGUUGGAACAGAACGACCUUGACGACGAAGAACGUGGUGGCCACUGCAAUAUGUCGAUGGUGAAGAUGGUGGCUAGAGAGUUGGCACAGAUUCAGGUGUGCCAGGGCUGA